GAAGACUGUGUCCGUGUGCCUGUGGGUGUGUGUGCGUGUGCAUAUGACUCGAGUUUUUUGCCGACAAUCGGAGUAAAAAAAUAAAAGUUGAUUUAAAGUUUGCAACUAAAAGCCGCUGAAUUGGUGGCCGAUAAAGUCGUUUGAUAAACAAAAGUGCGAGUGUGAAUGGUGACCCCCCCCAUCAGCACCACCGCCCACCUUAAAAAAAUAUAUAUAAAUUAAAUAUAGAAGUGCGUGCCAAGGUUAGGCGUCGAGUGCAAGUGCAUUAUAUCAACUCAAGGAGGAAGAAGAAAAGCUAAAUAUUCGGAAAAAAUGCAGAUCAAAGAAUUCCGAGUGACUUUGCCAUUGACUGUGGAAGAGUACCAAGUCGCACAAUUAUUCUCGGUGGCCGAGGCAUCAAAGGAGAACACGGGAGGCGGCGAGGGCAUCGAGGUGUUAAAGAACGAACCCUUCGACAACUUUCCCUUGUUAGGUGGCAAAUACAAUUCCGGUCAAUAUACAUAUAAGAUCUACCAUCUGCAAUCAAAAGUUCCAGCGUACAUAAGACUACUGGCGCCCAAGGGCUCGUUAGAGAUCCACGAGGAAGCUUGGAAUGCCUAUCCCUAUUGUCGGACGAUUAUCACGAAUCCUGGUUAUAUGAAUAAAAAUUUUAGAGUAGACGUCUAUUCGAACCAUUUAGAAAAUGAUAUUGGCUUUACGGAGAAUGUGCACGAGCUGACGCCAGACAAGCUAAAAGUGCGCGAGGUGAUACACAUCGACAUUGCCAACGAUCCGGUCUUGCCAGCGGACUACAAGCCCGAGGAGGAUCCAACCACCUAUCAGUCAAAGAAAACCGGACGUGGUCCUCUGGUAGGACCUGAAUGGAAACGUCACGUUGAUCCUGUGAUGACCUGCUACAAGCUGGUCACGUGCGAGUUCAAAUGGUUCGGCCUGCAAAAUAGAGUAGAGACCUUUAUACAAAAAUCGGAACGACGCCUUUUUACAAACUUCCAUCGGCAAGUUUUCUGUUCAACUGAUCGCUGGUACGGUCUGACAAUGGACGACAUCCGCGCCAUCGAGGACCAGACGAAGGAGGAGCUGGACAAGGCGCGGCAGACGGGCGAGGUGCGGGGCAUGCGUGCGGACGGCGAUUAAAUCUAGUAGAAAAUUGUAAA